AUGGCGUCAACUUCGUCCCAACUACUGGACCUCUCAGCCGAUGUGGUUUAUGUUAAUAUAUGCGGACUCCUUCUACCGAAGCGAUUCCCACCUUAUAAGACCUUUCGAGAUUAUCUUGACGCGUGCGAGUCUGCAAGAGAUCUCAUGAACUUGGGCCUAACUUGCAAAUCACUCUACAGCCUCGUGGCGCCAUUGCUAGCUAGAUGCAAAGGGCAUCCAUACGACACUGGGUUUAUGUCCUACGUAUAUAAUAUGAUCACCGACCCAGAUCUAGCAGCGCGUGAAACAACAUUUAAGCUAGGUCCGUCUGAUAUAAAUGGUCUGGUUCAAGAUGUCCAUCUAGAUGCCGUUGAAAGACGGGCUCGAGAUCUAGCGAUUGCGUUACCUUCGUGGUUUCGCAGCGAUCUUCAGCGGGAAAGAAUUUCCCCUCUACAAGACACAGCUACGCGUCAUGAUUCGCGCGCGCAGCUUACGUUUAUAUUGCUUAUGACGUUACCUAACUUAACGUCUCUGACAACGUAUGCUACUUGGCCGCCAUCUAUACCACGAACUCUGCCACUGCCCUCGUUUCCUUCUUUAAGGCACUUGAAGCUAGUAGGAUACGACAACAUUUCCCACAACAACAUAUCCGCUAGCACGGACAUAGUACAGUUUCGACAUACCAUCAGCUUCGCGCCGAACCUCAAUGUUUUCGAGACUGUUAACAUGACUUGUUGCACUGAAUCACUUCACCUACCGAAGGCUGACACCAUACGAAUGCUAUCGUGCCGGCUCAUGCGCAGGGGGUGGAUCAACGGGAUGAUCAACGUACUCAGACACUGCUCGCCUCUCCUGAAAACCUUUAUCUACCGCUCGGGGCACUACGACAUCUAUCUGCAACGUGCUGUGCCCGGAGUAAACGAUCGGGGGCGACGAAUUGGCGAUAUCAGCCCGCAGAACGUCGUGGACGCCCUGGUCAAGACGAGAAUGUCGGCGUUCAUAGAGACGCUCGAGAUCGACAUGCGCGAGUGGUUCAUCAAUGACCCCGACACCGAAUACGUGCACAACUUACACGCGCACCGCAGCUACAAAUUCAUCGGAUACCUGAGCCGCUUCACCUCCCUCCGGACCCUAACCCUCACCCAGCAGACCCUGUGGGAGAACUGGUACGACAACUAUCCCGCCUUGGAGGGUUGCAAAUCCUUCAACGACCCGAUGCGCCUGGUCGAGCUGCUGCCCACCUUUCUCGAGACGUUCGCCCUGUACGACGUCACGGCGAGCUUCCUGGGCUGCAUCAUGAAGCUGGUGGAGCACGUGGGCCCCUUCAAGACCUUCCCCAACCUCAAGAAAUUGAUCCUGCGGCCGUCGCCCGGUCUCGUCCGAGAGUUCGCGCACGUGCGAGGACACCGGGACGGCCCGCCGCCGCCGUGCUCGAACGGCGAGCCCGACUCCUGCGGCGUCGACCGGGAGAUCCUGUCGCGCUGGGCCCAGCUCAUAACGGCCUUCGAGAUGAAGGGGGUGGUCGUCGAUUCCGAACCCGAGGCGCACCCGCUGGAUACCGAGGACAAGGAUGCCCUGCGCCGGCAGCGGGAGCUGCAGCAUUGGUGCGAGGAGUGCCACUACGAUUCGGCCGUCUGCGUGAAGCGGACGAAGUGGCAUUGCGUUUACCCGGAGUAA